UUCGCGGGAAGGAAUAAACAUUUUGUUGAGAUAAAAUAGAAGUUAUAAAAGAAAGAAAAAAAUCUCGUUUAAUUCAAGAGUUGUUAGUUAAUGUACUAGUUCAUGUAUUAUGAAAAAGGUAAUAUGUGAAAGGUUUCGAGGGGAGGUAAAAUAUACCGGUCUACUCAGUGGCUCCAUCAACUGGAAAAUAGGUUCCAUGGAAUUAUCCAACAGGUCUGGUUCCUGGAAGUGCUACUUAUAUUCCGAUGUUCAAGAUAAUCCCCUGAAAGUCUGUGAUGUUUCAGCUAAGAAGAUUCAUCAAAUUAUCUUUAAGAACAGGUUGUUAAUACAACUGAUUAAUGAUGUUCAUAUUCAUUUUAAACCUAAACAUGACAAAGCUAUGGUUAAAAUUAAAGAAAUUUUUGAUCAGAUUAAAGGCUAUUCUCUAGAUGAGAAUAGUUUAUUGGAGACGCCAGAAAAAAAGAAAAAACGACAAGAAAUUACACCAACAAAAUCUGUUCCGUUAUUAUUUAAUGGUUACAGUGGAUUCGAUGACGAGAACAUAGAAAAUAUGGGAUCUCUAUUUUCUAAUGUUCAUGGUCAGCCAUCUACGCCUAAAGUUGUGAAUCAGACUACUUCUCAAAGACAGACAUCUACACCUAAACUUAUUACAAGAGGCUUCGGCCAUCUUUUAAAGGAAAAGAGUCAGAGGAAAGAGAAGACAGAGAAAUCUGUAAUUAUUAAAGAUGAUAGUGAUGAUGAUGAUUUUCAGUUGAAUAUAUUCGAUGAUUCUAAAGAAAAUAAACACAAGGGACCAACAGGUGCUGUGACACCAGAUCAGUUUUUAAAACGAGGUAAUGACAAAAGUCGAGAGAAGUUGAAGUCAUUAAGUACUGGAGGUUUCUAUAGUGGAUCUUCUGAUACUACAGGCUCUAGACUCUUUACACCAAGUUCUAAAAGAAGUCUAGGGUUUAUGUCUGAUCCACGUCCCAAUAAACGAUUACGUCUUUCUAACUGUACAUAUUCCUGGUCUAAAAAUAAAACAACACCUAAAGUUGAAACACAGAAAACUAACUCUUUACAAGGGUUUUCUAACCUGGGAAACACGUGUUAUAUGAACGCCACUCUACAGUCACUAUUCGGAAUGGAUACAUUUUCUACUGAUUUACUGUUCACUAACCAACAUCUGAUUAAAUCUCUACCGUCUGAUUCUCUUUAUUAUCAUCUAGCCAGGCUAUUAAAAGCGAGGAAGAAUACGGCUCUACCUGAUUCAAUGAAGAGAGAGUUAUUACGGAAUGUUAAACGAGCGAUAUCAACCUCUGCUAAAAGAUUCUCUGGAUAUCAGCAACAUGAUGCUCAUGAAUUUUUGGGUCAGGUCUUAGACCAACUGAAAGAAGAAGUGAACAGAUUGUCUAAGUCUAAACGAAUCUCCCCAGUUAAAGAGUUAAAUAACAACACAAGUUUCUCUAACACUGAGUUCGUUAAUCCUACGUCUCAAAACUUUGAAUUUGAAGUUUUACAUACAAUACGCUGUAUUAGAUGUGAUGAAGAUGUAGAAAAAUUAGAGAAUUUUAAUGAUUUGUCACUGGACAUGCCUAAACGUUUUAACAAUGUAAAGGAGAUGUCGUUACAAGAUGCGUUGAAUAUCUCGUUAGAUAAUGAAGAGAUACAGUAUACCUGUAGUAAAUGUCAGUAUGAUAGAUCUCUAGUCAGUCACAGAUUUACCUCCCUUCCCAGAAUAUUAGUUUUACAUCUAAAAAGAAAUCGUUAUGACAGUCUGGCUGGUAAGAAUGGUAAAGUGAUACGCAGUAUACAGAUACCAACUAAAUUAAACCUGAGUUAUUUCUGUACAGAAGACACUGUACCUUGUAAUACUGCUCCAGAUUUUAUACCCAAUUAUAGAUUCAAGAAGCGAAAUACGAGUUCAGAAAGUUUGUCUGAGAAACUUGACGAGGAUAUUUCACCUCUACCAGAUGAUUGGGAUGAAGUUUUAAAGGACAGUAAAGAAGGUGACGAUAUAGCCAAAGCUAUUGAACUGAGUUUACAACAACAAAAACAUUCUAAGAAAGAAGAAGAAGAUGAACUAGAGAAAGUUUUAGAAAUGAGCCUUCAAGAUGAACGACAGAAACACAAUUCAAUAGAUUUAGAGGAAGGUGAUAAAGAAUUGGCUAAACUAACGGAAGAUGAAAGAAUUGAUCUGGCAAUACAGCAGAGUUUAUUACAAGCCGAACGUGACUUAAUGUAUCAGGAUGAAUCAUUUCAAUCUAACUCUAGUCAGGACGUUGAUUUACGAUGUCAAGAAGACAAAGAAAAUUUGUUUGGUGAAAAAGAUAAUUUUUUGUUGUCGGCAGAAAAUGGUGCUCAUCAACCUUCAGACUACUGUAGUGAGAAAUUUUAUACAGAGAAUAAUUGGAGUUGUAGUAAUUUUCGAUUAGUUAGUAUAGUUAAUCAUAUUGGGUCAUCGUCUGAAACAGGUCAUUAUAUUAGUGACGUGUUUGACAUCAAGAAGAAAUCAUGGAUGAGUUUCGAUGACUCAAGAGUUACAACUCUAACUGAAAGUGAAGUUUGUGAAAAACGAGAGAAAACUGGCUAUAUAUUCUUUUAUAUGAACAUGAAUGUUUUUGAUGAAAUGCAGUCGAUGUAUGCUGUAGCUUCUUAUGCUGAUACCAGCUGAGAUUAUGGUAUAAGAUAUUUGCUGUGUCUAGUUGAUAUCGGCCUUGAGUUCACUUCUUCUACUCUCUUGUUAUCACCAAUAUGAAACCUGACUGUUAUUGUUUCCUCACAAUUAUAACAAUUAUACUGAGGUCCAUUGCAUGGUCGAAUAAUUAGCCUUAAAAAGAAAUGCCCUACUUAACCCUGACAAAGUCACUUUAUUGCACUCUUUCUAUAAAAGUAGGCCGUAAAACUGUCUUCACGCUUCAAGAAAAAACACUACUGCGCCUAAUGUGUUUUCAAUUUCAUCCAUACUAAGAGCCAAGGACACUUCUCGCUGGAUGGUGAUAAACUGCUAAUAGCCAGUGCGUAUACUGAAAGGAAAAAGUUUUAUCACUAUUCUCAAAGCGAUACUUUUUCUGUCUGUCAUUCUGUAUUGAAUGUUAUCAACAGUUACAGACUUUAAUAUUGAUUAAAUUAGUUAACAGAGGACACCAAAUCUGUUUUUGAGAAAUUUCCUGGAUUAAAACUUGGCGAAUGAGGCCCACUGUAUGCUGAAUUUUUGUUAUAUUGUGUUCUUUGAUGAAAUGAUUAAAAUUAGAAGAGGAAACACUAUUGAACUGGGUUCCUGUAACAUUUAAUGUUGACGGAAACUGCCGAAUGUCUCCGAAUGAGCUAUAUUAUAAUCAUGAUAUUGUUAAGUAAUAUUAUAAAGAUAAAAUCCAUUGUU